UUAACAUUCAAUGAUAUAAUUAUACAAUUAUGUAUAAAUGAAACAUUACCGAUAUUAUAUAUACAUUUCAAUUAUGUACUAAAUAUAUUUAGCGGAUAUUUAAUAUUGUAAUUUUUUAAUACAAAAAGUCUUGAAAAGGGGGGAUGGGUUAUAUUAUACAUUGCAUUUUCAGAUAAUAAAAAGAUUAUCCAAAUCUAAUCCCAAUAGAUAUUUUUAACUUGACAUAUUUCUUCUUUCAAUGCGAAAUUUUGCUUUUAUAAAUGAUAAACAUUUAAUUCAAUUUUCUAAACAAUAGGUCGCGUUUCUUCUUUAAAAGAACGAAUCUUCUAAUUGUUUCGAACAACUAUUUAACCACACUUGAAUUAGCGUCAUUUUUAUAUAGUAAGUUUUAUAUGACACUACAUUAUUUGGCUUUAAAUUUAAGACCUUAAAAAGUUUCCUGCAUUCCUCUCAUAUGUUCUAUUUUGCUAUUGAGCUUAGCCUUACCGGGAAGAAAUGGAAACAUACGAGGUCACUUGUGUGCUUAGAUCCUCCUGGCACCUUGCAGGCAUCGGACAGUUUGGCACACUGUAGAUAAACCGUAAAAGUACAGCGAAAUAAAUGAACGAGGAAUCACGAAUCGUGAUAUAUUUUUUCGCGCUAUCAUCCCUCAUAAAUCCUAACUGCACCCACUAUUCGCGUGUCGCACAUACGUGAUCCAGGGUGGGACCGUAUGAGGAGCAUGCAGGAUGGCGUAUAAAGACCAGGUCGAGCCCGUCCUCGCGGUAUGUCUUCGCACGGUCUCCGGACGAUAACGACGACAAAUAAGGUCUUAUUGAUCCUUGUCGCUGGUUGGCGACGAUGAAGAUCCUCGAGUAAAAUCGAUCACUCUUAAUUAAUGCUGUAAGAUAACAUUGUACCAGUUCCGUUUUCCUUGUAAUUUGCAUGAGAAUUUAACGAAAUGAAUAUCUCUCUCCUUCUCGUUUACAUUGGUUGCACCACUGCGUAUGCGCUCUAGUGUUUCUUUUCGCUUCGUUUUUUCUACCUUCAUUCUUUUUACGAUAUAUUGGUAUUUUAGCGAAGUUUAACCACUGCUGUGCGUUCAAGAAGAGUUAAAGUUUAUCAGUGAUAAAUCUUCAUUAGAAUUAAUCAGACUACGUUAGUAUUAUUUGACAAUCACAUAACAACACUUAAAUCUUCGAUGACGAUGAGAUCGAGGUCUACCCUGACUGCGAACCGUAGAUCCCCUUGGCAACCGGACGUCAAAACACAGUGUAUCGAAACGCGACCAACAUCGACGGGGAGCUGUGAUCGGGAGAGUCGUCUGGCCAGUGUCACUCACGGCGUCCGGUAGAUUAUCAUCUUCGAUGACGAUCGCAUCAACGUCGAACGAUCGAGGAACAAUUCGGGGACAACGUCGAGACUGAGAUGGUCGCCGGCGCGGAAUCCGCUUGGAAUCACCCGGGAUGUAGAAGCUGACGUCGACGAGAGCGAUUCCACUGGGAACGAACGCCUGCAUGAAUCGCCGAAGCAUGAACGUAGGGAAUCCCCGGAUCGUUUGCCUCGCGCUCGCCGUCCUCGCCUUCUUCCAAAGAGGGUGUGCCAUCGACUGUUUCAAGUGUGUCUCGAUCGAUGGCAGCAACAAACCCUGCGAUGACCCAUUUCACAACAACGGGAGCCGCGCUUUCUUGGAGUCGCCCUGCUUGGGGGGUAGAAAAGGCCGGGACGGGCUCUUUCCAGCGUCCGCUUGUCUUAAGAUUGCCGGCGUGUAUGAUGAAUCCGGUCAAACCCUGAUGGUGAGAGGCUGCGCGUUGGACAGCGGAACCCUAACAACGGACUCCGAGAUUAUCAGAAUGUCCCACUGCGGUGGUUUCUACUUUGAUGACAAGUACGUGCGUGGGUGUGUGCAAUCUUGUAGCGAUGCGGACGCGUGCAAUGCAUCAUCGAGAAAUCUCGCGCCGCUGAUCGCCCUCGUGUUGCCAAUUCUCGCGGGACUCGCGUGAUCCGUGCAAAUGCGAUCAGACGUCGCUUUGAGAAACGGGAUAAUCUAAACGACGACUGAGAGAUUACAACAGCGGGCAUUGCGUAGUGGAUAUUAAAGUGGAUAUUAACGAUUAUUUUUGUUAUUAAAUCUUUGUUAUUAAAUCUUUAUUAUUAAAUCUUACGAUAUAUCAAGCAGACCACAUAGUGAAUAUACUGCCAGAUUAAUAUUAAUAAAUCUAUAGUCUAAUUAUCGUCAAGCAACAAUCCACGCGUCAUUUAUUCUCGCUAUCACUGCAUGGCUAUAUGUGCAAUACCGUUGAUUAUAAUUAUAGCUUCAUAUCAAUAAAGCAUAUCUUGAAAUUGUUAAA